AUGGAUGUAGCGGUGGUUGAACCUUCUGGUUUUAGACCAGAGAGGAAAUUAGGGCUCCCUAAUUUAACAACUCAAUCCCAGUUACACUUUUCAACAAGGGCAUCCAAACACAGCUAUGAAGUCGAUCUGCUAAGAGGAGCGAAGGAUUCAGGUAGUUCAGAAAGUAGAAUGGAUUUGGAAAUGGAAGAUGAGGGAAGGAUUAAGGUAGUUCAAGAAGGAGUGGUACCUGAUUAUGUUUUUGAUGAUCUUGAAAGACGUGAAUUUGCAACAGUAACAUAUGGGAGCAUUUCCGUAAGCGUGAGGGGAAAUGGAGCUGUAAUGAUGCAGAAGGGAGGUGAUGACUCAAAGAAAGCGAGUACUCCAUGGGUUCCAGAUCCAGUUAUAGGUUACUACAAGCUAGAGGGACAAACCUCUGUGAACAGAUGUUGA